GAAAGAUUUCAAUCUUUGAUGCUCUGAUUGCUCUUCCCUCAAUUGCCCUCCACACAUUUUGCCAUUGCCUUAUCCCACUUCCUUUCCCACCCCCCAAAACUAAACCAUACACCCACUGAACUUCCCAAUGCAACCCUUACCCACCCCAUCUUGGCCUCUACCUCACACCCACCGCCGCCGCCACAAAUGGCCACCAAAUUGGCCUAUAUUCUAACACCCCCUCGUCUGCUGAUCACUUCUCACUUUAGAGUUAAACCCUUUCUUCCUCUCUGUUCAACUUCUUCUUCCUCUUCUUCUGCUUCCUUUCCGAGGGUUCACUCGGUGCCACUCGUCGGCCGCCAGUUCUCUUUCCGACGCAGACUCUUCAUUCUUUCUCCCAAGGCCACUUCUGACCAGCCUGGUCAGGUCCAAGGAAAUGAGGUGGUCGACAGUAAGAUCUUAGAAUAUUGUAGCAUAGACGGGAAAGGGAAGAAGUCAUUGGGGGAGCUUGAACAGGAAUUUCUUCAAGCACUACAGUCUUUCUACUAUGAGGGAAAGGCGAUUAUGUCAAAUGAGGAGUUUGAUAACCUCAAGGAAGAACUAAUGUGGGAAGGAAGCAGUGUCGUCAUGCUAACUUCUGAUGAACAGAAGUUUCUGGAAGCUUCUAUGGCUUACGUAGCUGGGAAACAAAUAAUGAGCAAUCAGGAGUAUGAUAGUUUGAAGAGACAACUAAAGAUUGAUGGUAGUGAUAUUGUAGUUGAAGGUCCAAGAUGCAGUCUCCGCAGUAAAAGGGUCUACAGUGACCUGGCUGUUGACUAUUUCAAGAUGUUCCUCUUGAAUGUCCCUGCUGCUGUUGUUGCACUGGGAUUAUUUUUCUUCCUGGAUGAUUUGACUGGAUUUGAGAUCACAUAUCUUUUGGAGCUUCCAGAGCCUUUCAGUUUCAUCUUCACAUGGUUUGCUGCUUUGCCCCUCAUAUUAUGGCUAGCUUUAUCAAUCACAAACUUCAUUGUGAAGGAUUUUUUGAUUUUGAAGGGACCUUGUCCAAACUGUGGAACCGAAAACGUCUCCUUCUUUGGGACCAUACUAUCGAUAUCUAGUGGCGGUUCUACCAACACAGUUAAAUGCUCAAAUUGUGGAACUGAAAUGGUUUAUGAUUCAAGUUCACGCUUGAUUACGCUACCAGAAGGAAGUAAUGCUUGAGUGGAGAUUGGAGUGUUCCUUUCUUAUUGCAAAGUUUUGAGGAGAUAAUUAACUCUACAAGACUACAAGGCAUAAUAUGAGACAGGUGACUAACACCACCAAGGAUUUUGAAUGCAGAAUGAAUACUUUUGAAGAGGUUGCUGAUACGAGAAGGGCUGGCAUGAGUUGCAAGAGAGGGACGACACACUUUGUAAUUGGAUUUUAUUUCUGUUCAUAUGUAUAUACCUUGUAGAGACUUGCCGACCAGAAGAGGUGCAAGUUGUGAUCGAUUAUUCAGAGCAAUAGUGUUCCGCUUACUUUACAUGUAUUAUUGAAGCUAUCCCAAUGUAUUUUUAUAUGUUGUGAUUUCUGGGGCAUAAUUUCUUGAUAGGUUUUGUAGCCACAGGUACUACUGGUGGAUUAUCCUAUGUGUAGAGAUAUGGUUUGGAUCA